UUCCGACUGGCACAGACGAUGAUAUUUGCCAUUGAAGAAAUAAACCGGAAUGCGAAUCUCCUCCCAGGGAUCACACUCGGGUAUAAGAUCUACGAUGACUGCUCAUCCCCCGCGAUCGCCUCGAAAAGAGCGCUGGCUUUGAUCAACGGGGAGGACGAAUCAAUUGAAUAUCUUCAUUGUAGAGGUUCCUCCAACGUCGCUGCCAUUGUUGGCUGCGAUAUGUCUACAAAUUCCAUGGUAACGGCAAGGACAAUGGGAUCCUUCGCGAUUCCGCUGGUUAGUUACUACUCCACCUGCUCCUGCCUCAGCGACAAAAGAGAAUACCCGACCUUUUUCAGAACUAUCCCCGGCGACCAAUACCAGUCCAAACUCCUCGCUGAGCUGGUGAGAAUCUUUGGCUGGACAUGGAUCGGAGCUAUUAGAAGUAACACCGAUUAUGGUAAUUUUAGAAUGCAAGGAUUCCUGGAACAUGUGGAAAACAUUGGGAUUUGCAUUGCCUACUCUGAAUCAUUUUACAGAACCGACUCGCCAGAGAAAAUCAGUAAAGUUGUUCAAGUGAUUAAACAGGCGUCUACUAAGGUGGUAGUAGCCUUUGUUCACGCUGGUGAUAUGCGACUUUUAUUGAAUGAGAUUUGGCGACAAAAUGUAACGGGUAUACAAUGGAUUGGAAGUGAGUCUUGGGUGACAAGAAAUCUUCUCCCGCCGGAACAAAGAGCGAUUUAUCUCACCGGGACAAUAGGUCCAGCCACCCGAAGGACAGAGAUAGAUAAUCUCAGAGAUCACCUUCAUCGUGUCCAUCCUUCCAACUUUCCUGACAAUAACUUAGUAGCGGAGUUUUGGGAAAAUCUGUUUAGUUGCUCUUUUAGCACAAGCCCGAAUGGGACAAGCCCGAAUAACUCUUCACGUCCUGUGCGGCAAUGCACGGGAAAGGAACAGAUGGAAGGCAGAGAGAAUAGCUACCUUCCGGCCAUAAUGGACGGGAGUUCAUACCACGUGUAUAAAGCAGUCUACUCCAUCGCUCACGCCCUGCAUGAUCUUUUAACCUGUGUCGACGGAGAUGGACCCUUUAUGAAUAACACAUGCGCGAAUAUUGCAAAUUUCGAACCUUGGCAGUUGCUGCACUACCUCCGCACCGUAAAUUUCACAGCGAAGACUGGAGAAACCGUGUAUUUCGAUGAAAAUGGUGACCCGGUACCCAGAUACGAAUUCGUGAACUUACAAAAGAAUUUCAAGGGCAGCGUCGACAUUGUAAACGUCGGAUAUUAUGACGGCACGGCUCUAUCUGGGCGCAAAAUAAUGCUUAAUAUCGAGGAAAUCAUGUGGAGCACGAGCGGAAAUACGCUACCACGAGCGGUUUGCUCUGAACCCUGUCCUCCUGGAACAAGGAAAGUCAGCCGAAAAGGGCAGCCGAUCUGUUGUUUUAACUGUGCAGAGUGCGCCGAUGGCGAGAUCAGCAACACCACUGACUCCACCGAUUGCAUCAAAUGUCCGUCGGAAUAUUGGUCCAAUGAGGCAAAGACCCAAUGUGUUCUCAAGAAGGUUGAGUUCCUAUCUUUUGGAGAAGUUUUGGGGUUUGUAUUAGUGACGCUUGUUCUAAUGGGAGUCUGCUUUACAUUGGCCACCGUUGCCAUUUUUUUCCGGUUUCGGGAGACUCCCGUGGUUAAAGCAAAUAACUCCGAACUCAGUUUCUUGCUGCUAUUCGCCCUUCUGCUUUGCUUCCUUUGUUCUCUUGCCUUCGUUGGACAACCUUCUGACUGGUCUUGCAUGUUGCGCCGCACUGCUUUCGGUGUUGUGUUCGUUCUCUGCAUUUCCUGCAUCUUGGGCAAAACCGUUCUUGUCGUUGUUGCUUUCAAAGCAACUCUACCCAACAGCAGCGUGAUGAACUGCUUCGGACCCUCUCAGCAACGUUUAGGCGUCUUCAUGCUUACACUUUUGCAAGGUUUAGUUUGCGUUGUCUGGCUGAGUGUGUCCCCUCCUUACCCACUGAGAAACAUGAUCCAUUACAGAGACAUUGUUAUUCUGGAAGGUAACGUGGGCUCAUUGAUCGCCUUUUACCUGGCGUCGGCCUAUAUUGCUCUGUUGUCCAUUGUGUGUUUAGUGCUUGCAUUCCUUGCCCGGAAACUCCCGGACAGUUUCAACGAUGCCAAGUAUAUCACCUUCAGCAUGCUGAUCUUUUGCGUUGUAUGGAUAACAUUUAUUCCAGCCUAUGUUAGCUCUCCGGGAAAGUACACCGUGGCUGUAGAAGUGUUCGCGAUUUGGGCAUCAAGCUUCGGUCUGCUUGUCUGCAUUUUUGCACCGAAGUGCUACAUUAUCUUACUGAAACCGGAGAUUAACACGAAAAAAUAUAUCAUGGCGAAAGGGACUUCACUGUAA